CCAGUGAACGUCGCAAUCAUAGGAGCUGGAGCAGCUGGUACGUCCACUGCAUACCAUCUCACCAAAUAUGCCCUCGAGUCUCGUAUACCGAUCAACAUCACCAUCUUCGAACGGAGGUCAUACAUUGGCGGACGCUCCACCACCGUGAAUGCCUACGAUGAUCCUGCUCUACCCGUCGAGCUCGGUGCCAGCAUCUUUGUCAAGAUCAACAAAAUUCUGGUAGAUGCCGUGUAUGAGUUUGACUUGUCAACGAAAGCGUUCCAAGGCAAGAGCAACGUGCCAGGUGCGGACCUCGCAGUAUGGGACGGUGAAGAGAUCAAGAUCACACAAAACGGCGGAUGGUGGGACUUUGCAAAGCUGUGGUGGAGAUAUGGCAGAGCUCCAUUGCAGACGAUCAAGUUGAUGAAGAGUACCGUAGGGAAGUUCCUGCAAAUGUACGAGAGUCCGGUAUUCCCAUUCGAGAGCCUGACCCAGGUCGCACAAGAUGUUGGACUGCUCGAAGUGACUGCAGCAACAGGAGAGCAAUACAUGCGGGAGAAUGGCAUCACGGGACUUUUCGGAAGUGAAAUUGUCCAGGCAAGCACACGAGUGAACUAUGCCCAGAAUCUGGAAUACAUCCACGGUUUGGAAGCCAUGGUCUGCAUGGCUACCGAAGGAGCUAUGGCUGUUGAGGGUGGAAACUGGAGAAUCUUCGACCAGAUGGUGAAGGCGUCCCACGCGACGGCACUCCUGGAGACCGAAGUCACCGAUAUCACGAGACAGAAGUCUGGACAGUACUCGCUGACGUUCAAGCCCGAAGCCUCUGCAUUGGAGUCGCAGUCCUUCGAUGCUGUGGUGCUCGCGACGCCAUACCAAUUCUCGAAUCUCUCCUCUCUCCGCCUUGACGACUCUCAUCCAACGCCCGACAAGAUUCCGUAUGUCGAACUCCACGUAACACUCUUCACCUCACCUCAUCUCCUCUCUCCGAAGUUCUUCAACCUGCCCGCCGACAAGUCCGCGCCAAAAGUCAUCCUCACAACCCUACCCAUCGGCGAAUCCGGCAAGUCUGGACCCGCUGGCGUCGGAAACGCUGGCUUCUGGUCCAUCUCGCUCCUCCGACCCGUCACGAAUCCAGAGACAAGUGUGCCGGAAUAUUUGUACAAGAUCUUCUCACCCUCUCCGGCCAACGCAACCUUCUUGGCAGAUCUGCUUGGCAUUGAACAUCUUCCGGGCAACGACGAGGACGGGCUGAGCAAAAGGGAUGUGUCGUGGUUACUGAGAAAAGUCUGGGACUCAUACCCGUACGAGUACCCAAGAGUCACAUUCGAGGAUGCGAAGCUUGCGGAACGUUUGUGGUAUACUGGCGGUAUGGACAGCUUCAUCAGCACGAUGGAGACCAACGCUCUGAUGGGCAAGAACGUAGCGAAGUUGAUUGCUGAUGAUUUU